AUGGACAAGCGCCGCCAAGCCGUACUAAACGCGAAAAAGUCUACUGUUCAGAAAAAGAAGACUGCUCCACGGAAGACUGCUAUCAACACCACCGCCACUAGCGCCCCCAGUAAAGAAGGUCCCCAGUCACCACUAAGCGCGACCCCGACCACCCACACCACCGACGCAGAUGGAGUAUCACCACUCUCGAACGGGAACAUCUCUCUCCACAACGAAAGCACAGCACCACCGCAUCAUAAAAAAUCGUCGGUGCAGGAUCAUGACCACGACAGCACAUAUCCACACUAUUCAGACGAGGAGGAGGACAUGGAGGACUACAAGCGAGGAGGAUACCACUACAUCUCUGUCGGAGAUGCCUUCCAUGAGGGUCGCUAUAUCACUCUUCGCAAGCUAGGAUGGGGCCACUUUUCCACUGUUUGGCUGGCAAGAGAUACAGUUGGAAAUCGACAUGUGGCGCUGAAGGUCGUCAAGUCUGCUGCACACUACACAGAGACCGCCGUUGACGAGAUCAAGUUGCUAGAGAAGGUGGUCAAAGCGAAUCCGGAUGCGCCAGGCAGGAAAUACGUCGUCGAACUACUCGACCACUUUAUGCAUCGGGGACCCAACGGUCUGCACGUCUGCAUGGUGUUUGAGGUCCUGGGCGAAAACUUGUUGAGCGUCAUCAAGCGCUACCGACACGAGGGUAUCCCCAUCCAUCUUGUCCGACAAAUUAUACACCAGGUCUUGAUGGGACUCGACUACAUGCAUAGGGAGUGCGGCAUUAUUCACACGGAUCUCAAGCCGGAGAACGUCCUUGUUUGCGUCGAGGAUGUUGAGCAGGUCGUCAAAGGACUGAUUGGCGACUUGGAUUAUACCGACCCCGUUGCGCUUGCUAAAGCAGGACGGUCAGCAAAGGCAAUGAUUGUUGGAAGCAGGCCGUUGACACAUGGAGCAAGUGGGUCGCAGAACGGCAAGGACCAAGGAGCACCCUCGAGCAGCAGCACGCCAGCCUACACUACCUCAACACCGUACAACACCUUGACCAAGAACCAGAAGAAGAAGCUGCGGCAAAAGCUGAGCAAGCUGGGCACACAAGAAUCAGUCGAGGACGAACCCACAAGUCCCAGCACAGAGAAGCUAUUGACCACAGCGACUCUCGAGCGGACGAUGAGCGAUAUCAAGCUGGAUGGCAAUGUGGAGCCAACAACUAAAGACGAGACCGCACAUGAGCUAGUGGGUAUCCCACGGACAAUCACCGUCAAGAUUGCGGAUCUCGGAAAUGCAUGCUGGGAGGAUCAACACUUUACGAACGACAUCCAGACGCGUCAGUACCGAUCUCCCGAGGUCAUUCUCGGAGCCAAGUGGGGACCUAGCACGGAUGUUUGGAGUGUAGCCUGCAUGGCGUUCGAGUUGAUCACAAGCGACUAUCUCUUCGAUCCUCAGAGCGGGGCUUCGUACACUAAGGAUGAUGAUCAUAUGGCGCAAAUUAUCGAGUUGAUGGGCAACUUUCCCAAGAAGCUGGCUUUGAAUGGAAAGUACUCACAGGAGUUAUUUAACCGCAAGGGCGAGCUUCGUCAUAUCCACAGGCUGCGUAUGUGGCCGCUGCAGGACGUCAUUCACGAGAAGUACCUGAUGCCGCGGGCAGAUGCCGACUUUUUGGCUGACUUCCUGACCAAGAUGCUGGUUCUGGACCCUGCACAGAGAUCGGCCGCUCAGCAGAUGGCACAGCACCCCUGGUUGUUUGUAAAAGACAAGUUGCCUGACGACGAGGACGAGAACGAGAACAAGGACAACAAGGACAACAAGGACAACAAGGACAACAAGGAUGGUGGUGAAAUCAAGGCAGAGGAGACAGCAGCAGUGGCGGUGAAGAAAGAGAGUACCGAGAAAACGCGUGCUGAUGAGACUAUGGUGGAGACAACUAGCGAGGCGAAGGAUGAGGACGGCAUGGAUGAGGAUGUUAACUGA